CUCUCUCGCCUCCAGUGGUUACACAAAAAGAGGAAAAGCCAAGUUGGCUUUGUCCACAAACAAAUAUUAACAUUUUGACAGAUGUAAAAUAUACGAAAGUAUUAUAUUGUUUAACAAUUUAGUCUAAUUUUAUUAUAUUUAUGGGUUUUUAUCGAAUUUAGACACAACUUUUAAUAAGGUAUUUGGUAUUUUUACGUUUGCAUAGCGUUAAGAGGCACGUACUGACCUAGCCACUGAAGCCUACUUUUUAAAAUUAUUGAUACUGUUUGGAAACCUUAAUUGGUAGGUACCGAUACUACUUCGAGGUAUUUCAUUUCAUAGUUCAAUAGAAAGCAUCGCACUUUUGACCUUAUCAUUGCGUUUUUGUAGAAAAAGUAUUCAUAAGUGGCAACUAAUACUAUGGAUAGACAUGUACAAAAUCUCAAUAAAAUAAUGCGGCUCAUGUAACUAGUUUUAUAUCUUCAAUAAUCAAAUCAAACUGGCGGUAGUCGAUGUAUCAUUGAAGAAUGACUCUUAUACAAGUAGUAUUUAAAGGUAUUUUUCAAACUGAUCCGUUUUCCCGGGUUCUGCGGAUGUUUGACGUUCUCCUGCCACUAUUCAAUAACCCAUUGCCCUUGCGCUUUUUAGACGUAAACGCGCCAUUUGCUAAACAUCGGUUCAUCAUGGCAGUGAUAAACUUUCCACGGGAUUAAAGAUUUCGUGUAAAAAGGCCUAUAAGCAACUUGUUUGUAGUACAUUUAACACAAAUAGUAUUUGCAACCAUGAGUACGAAUGGUAAAGAAGGAGACUUCACGGAAGCUAAGGACUUCAUCCCUAAGUCCGAAGAGUUCGACGAAUUAUCUGGGAUCAUGUUUGAGGGAAGCGAUAAGAUGGGUAUCAAUAAGUCAUUGGAAGAUGCUCUAUUAGCGGACCCUGAUAACUGUGGCAUGUGUGGGGAGCUUUUAGUGGUUCCUCGAAUGCUGCACUGCUUGCAUGUCUUCUGUGAAGAAUGUCUUGAUAAGAAGCUGGUUGGUGAAGCUGGAGAUACUGGCACUUUGGAUGCAUCUAUCUGCUGUCCAACUUGUAACUAUGUUACAAAGGUUGGCACAAAAAAACUCUCGGUGCUUCCCCUGGACGUCACCAAAACGAACAUCUCUGACGUAUCGAACUCGGCCAGUCUGCAUUGCACCUCGUGCACCGCCAAAGAGGUGGCCAAGUCCAGAUGCAGCACUUGCCACAACCUGCUCUGCAACAAUUGCGACACCGCCCAUCACUUCAUGCGCUGUUUCGAGUCGCACAAGGUAGUCGCGCUAGACGAUAUGCGCAAAGACGGCACCCGUAUCACCGUUCACAAACCCCUCGUCUGCGACGUCCACCCUGAGGAAAACGUCAUCUACAACUGCACCACUUGCAAUGUCACUGCAUGUGCAGAGUGUUCUAAGAACGAGCAUAAAGGACACCCUUGCGAGAGCAUCCUAGACUCGGAAGUAAGGGUCCGCCAAGAGAUGGAAGCCCUUCUGUGCAAAAGCAAAGAGAGAAUCGAACAGUUGAUUAAGGCUUCCACUGGUCUGAACAACAACAUGGAAGAGCUAGCUCACCAAAGGUCCGCCGCCAGAGAUCUCAUCAAUGAAUCAUAUCAGAGCUACAAGGCUGUGCUGGAAAGAUGCAAAGAAGAUGCUUUGGAAGAGUUGAACAGACUCUACCAUGAAAGGGAGCUGAAGAUCAUGAAGGAAUCCGACGAAUUGGGUAAAACCAUCGACAAUUUCGAAGACGCAUGCAGAUACACAACUCGCCUGUUAGAGAACGCCACCGUGCCAGAAAUGAUGUAUCUGAGAAAAAUCGUCGCAUCGCGAUUGCUCAUGCUCAACCAGAAGGUGCCCAAUACUGAGAAAUUCUUCAGCAUCGAAUUCAAGUCCGACUAUUCUAGGUUCGAGCAGAUUGUCAAAGAGCAAUUCGGAAAGUUUACAACCGAAAGCGACUCCGCGCCAAUAGCUGUAACAACUAACUCGAACUCGGUGGUGACCGAUUUAGUGCCCUUGACAUCUCGGUUGAACAUGAACGGCGUCAGCACUUCUGCUCCAGCUAUCAUCACCAAUGGAUGCAGUGGACCAGUGAGCAACACCAGUCCCAUUUCAUUGCAGUCCUUUGAUGGCGAUAUGGGAAAUAACCAUCUUCCAAACUUUACAAUGGGCCAUAGUCCGCCGCUACCGCAUGUCAACAACACUGCCAUUCAAGGCUUCAACAGCAUUGCAGAGUACAAUUUGGCUCAGUUAGCCACGUUAGCUGAAACCACCAAUAGUGCUGCAGCAUCACCUUCUCCAACACCUUUCACUUUGGCUGACAUACUGACCAACGAUACUGCUUACAAGAACUUGGCGUCGCUAGCCAAGUUGGGGCUAACGGGAACUGCUGAUGGUGGGGGAGCGACAAUGACGAAUGGCACCGGUGGCCCACCCGGGGGCGGCAACCACGUCACAGCCUCCAACACGGCGUUGGUUCGCUCCACUUCGGCCGCUUCGCUAACGCUCACCAACAACCUGAUGAACAACUUUGGCGGCGUAUCGACGUCCACCUCUCCGCUCCUAUCUACUCCCGAUGAUAUCAUCCCCGAUCCCCUUACCGCUAUUCUCCCUCCUGCAGGUGCACCCCCCACCCCCGGAAGCGCGGCUGCUGUAGCUGCGGCCGCCGCUGCUGCGUCCAACGCCCCAGUGCCGCGCACCAAUAAGGUCAGCCCCAUGCAGAUACGGUGCAAGUUUGGACAGCUGGGACCCAGCAAGGGACAGUUCAAUUCUCCCCAUGGGUUCUGUCUUGGUUUGGAGGAAGACAUUAUCGUCGCUGAUACCAACAAUCAUCGUAUUCAGGUGUUUGAGAAAACAGGCACGUUCAAGUUCCAGUUUGGCAUUCCUGGUAAAGAAGAGGGGCAGCUAUGGUACCCCCGUAAAGUGGCUGUGAUGCGCACCACCGGAAAAUAUGUGGUGUGUGACAGAGGCAACGAAAGAUCGCGUAUGCAGAUCUUCACCAAAAAUGGUCAUUUCUUGAAGAAGAUCGCCAUCAGGUACAUCGACAUUGUGGCCGGAUUGGCUGUGACUAGCCGCGGAGAAAUCGUAGCUGUGGAUAGUGUCAGUCCAACCCUAUUUAUCAUUGCUGAAAGCGGAGAAUUGCUGAGAUGGAUUGAUUGCAGUGAUUAUAUGAGAGAACCGUCUGAUAUCGCCAUAAACGGCAAGGAAUUCUACGUUUGCGACUUCAAAGGACACAAUGUGGUGGUGUUCAGCGAAGAGGGACAGUACCUGCGCCGUAUCGGAUGCGAGACCCUCACCAACUUCCCUAAUGGAAUUGACAUAUCCGAUGCUGGCGACAUCCUUAUUGGGGAUUCGCAUGGUAACAGAUUCCAUGUUACCGUUUUUGCACGUGACGGGUCUCUCAUCUCUGAGUUUGAGUGCCCCUAUGUAAAGGUAUCCAGGUGCUGCGGAUUAAAGAUAACAUCAGAGGGUUAUGUUGUAACGCUGGCGAAGAAUAACCAUCACGUGCUGGUCCUAAACACACUCUACAUCCUGUAAAAGACCCGAGCAAGAUUUGAUCUCGCACUGUAAACAGUACUGAACUGAUUUUUAUUAUUUACAUUAAAUGUUGGAAUCUUCGUGCCCCUUUAAUCGUUGUUAAUGAAUCUGCAAGUUACCCCGCCUCUUUCAAUAAAAAGCAGUUGAGCUGUGGCAUUUAAGGUGUUUUGAUAGAAUAUAUUUUUUAAUCAUUAUGACGGCAUGUGACAGGAUGUACAGGAACCCUAGAGCUUCAUCGUAUGACUUGUAUAUUAGUCUUUGUAGUUUUAACUGGUCAAAUGCAAACUUCUUACAAUUACUUCAACGCUAAAUAUUUUCUGAAAUCAGCCGAUUUUGAUGGAUAUCCUAAAGUAUGUUAAUAUACAAGUAUGUGAUCAAGCAAUUUGAGAUACAACCAAUGCUACGCAGAAAACACAAGAGCUAUAAAAGAUUUUUUAAAUAUUUGUUCCAGUACGAAUAUUCAACAAUUACGUGUUGGUAUGUUUGACAUAUUGAUUCUUCUUAGCUUGCCGUUAAAAAUACGUAUAGUCCAAUCAUAUUAACAAAUUUCCCCGAAAUAAUUGUGAAGUCUGGUUUUAUUGGUGCAAGUUGUUCAAGGGGAAAGCAUGAACGCAUAAAAUGGGUCCACCAAUUUUUGUGAGAAAACUUUUUAUUUGACAACAAAGAUUGAGAAACCGUGUUUGUGAUGGUUCAAUCGAAAGUGUUGACAGGAACGAAAAAACUUUUCAUGUAAGAUUUUUAGGUAUUCAUGAUACCUACAAAACUCACACACGUAGAAAGGUAAUGCGACGAUAAUUUCACACAACUACUUGAAAUUAUUCAUAUCGGCAGGAUUGAUACGUCUAAAUGACAACAACAAAGUUGGAUUAUAUUUUUCAAGUAGUUUUCUGAGAAUUUCUAAUUGUUUAUGCCAAAACACCUGUUUUUCUGCCAACAUAACUAGUUUAUUGAGCAAUAUACAGGGUUCGUUCAAAGAGCAUUUAAUAGCAAGAUACACGUGUUUACCUUGUUGAUAUGAAUCACAAACCAUUCCAAAAGAUAAAUUUUAUUUUUAUGCGAAAAACAAAGGUUACUUUUUUUUCUCACCAACAGAUUCAAACAUUUCGUAUUUGUGAGUAAUUGAUCAAAUGUGUUACGAUAUUCGAAAAACAUACGUUACUUUUUUUAUACUCCAACUACCACGAAGGCCUAACGCCUAAACACCCAUUGGGUACCGUGGGGCUAUAGGGUGAUUCAGGGGAAACUAUAUACAUUUUAAAACAAAGCGAAUGUAUCUUAACAUCUUUAGUUGCGAAUUACUCACAAAUACAUGUUUGAAUUUGUUUAGAAGAAAAAAGGUUACCCAUCCUUUUUUGCAUAAUAAUAACAUUUACCUUCCGGAAUGGUUUGCGAUUCAUGUCGGCAAGGUAAACUAGUGUAUUUUGCUAUGAAAUGCCCUUUGAACUAAGCGAGUAGUGAUGACAGGAAAACAGGUGUUUUGGGAUAAACAAUUAGAAACUCUCAAAAACUACUUGAAAAAACUACUCCAAUUUCGUUCUGGUUACUUAGAAGUACGAAUCUGAAGAAUUUCAAAUAUCUGCGAGAAACCAUCGUCGCAUUACCAAUAAAUGCCAAAACCUGUAGUUUGCCUCGGUUUUCGGCCAUGACUUUUUUGCUAUUUGUCGGAUCUUUUUACGUGUGGUCAUUUUGUAGGUCUCAUAAAUACCUAAAAAUCUCAUAUGAAGAGUUUUUUCGUCCCUGCCAACACUUUCGAUUGAAUCCCGAAAAACACGUUUUCUCAUUCUUUGUUGCCGAAAAUAAAAGUUUUGCCACAAACAUUGGGGUACCCAUUUUACGCGUCCUUGUUUUGAAUACCCCCCUGAACACCUUGCAGCAAUAAAACCAGAGUUUACAAUUAUUUCUCAAACUAGGGGUAUCUAAUAUGAUUAGACUAAUAUAACAGCUGAUAAAACAAAUGGAGCCACAUUUCAGGUUUUACCUUCUUAAGGUUGAAAGUGACAAGAUACAUUUUCCUGCGGUAGCCAGUAUGACGACAUGUUACCCACAUGUUGAUUAGACUAAUAUAACAGCUGAUAAAACAAAUGGAGCCACAUUUCAGGUUUUACCUUUUUAAGGUUGAAAGUGACAAGAUACAUUUUCCUGCGGUAGCCAGUAUGACGACAUGUUACCCACAUGUUUUAACUUGCACAAAUCGAUUAAUCAAUUGAUGUAUGAAUGAAUUAGUUUCUGUACAUCCUGCUGAUGCAUUGUAUCUUCUGUAACAAUCACAUGUAAUAUUAAUCUUCAGAUUAUCCUCAUACCAGUUUAUGUGUAACUAUAAACAUAGUACUCUUGUUUCUCUGCUUAACCUUUAUGCAAAAUUUUUGUUGUUUAAAGAACAUAGUUUGACCUUACUCGAAAUAUUCCUAUAUUAUCAUAUUCAUAUUUUAUGUACUCUAUAUUUAUACUUCUGAGUGUUUUUAGUAUGCUUCUGUACUAUUGUUAUGAAUUUUAGAUUUGUUUAUUCAGACACGUAAUUUAGGAUUUGUGACGACAUGAUUCAGACAUUUACCCUUUACGAAAGUAUACAGAAUUUUCACAAUUUUAUCAUAUACCGUUACUUGCUUGUUCUAAAUCUGAUCCUUGUAACUUUGCUUAGAUUUCUGUUGCAAUCUUGGUUAUUCAGGGUAGCAAGAGCAUACAAGCUCAUGUAUUUUUGGAACUGUUUUUUAUUUAAAUUGUACUGAAGGUUGUUUUUAAUUUGUAAGUUAUAUUGGUUUUUGAAUAAACAUUAAAAAUGUA